GAGCGCGCAGGGAUCUUAACUCUUCGGGUGCGCUGUGAAUGAACUCUUCCACACACUUCUGAUCAUCUGAAGGGAUUCUGUCACGCCGUGAAAACACACUGGCAUCUAACUACACCUCCGUCCGUCGAUCCAGAGGCGUCUGUUAAACACACAUGGACUUUCGUGUCCGUUUUCACGCCUGAAGAAAGAAAGAACGAAAGGACUAUUUUAGCUUUAUUUUAAGUUGAAGUUUUCAUCUUUUGUCAUAUGAAGGAUAUGGGCAGAUGUGGAAAUGUUGCGUUUUGUGCGAUGGUGCUCUUCUACUGUUCUUUCAUUACAGGUGAUUAUCUCUGCGUGUCAUCUGCGGCUGACGUGUCUUCAUCACCUCACAGCUCUGUGAAGAGAAGAAACGGCGUGACUGAAGUCAACAUGACCUCGACCCCCCGCAGCGAUCAGACGCAGUCCUCCACUAACAUCACCAACAGCACCGAGCCCACGCCGCACACAGACACAACUACAGUAAUGUUGGUGAACUCAUCUGCCCCGGCCGAGAACGUCACAGACAGUCCAAACGUCACUGAUGCAUCACCUGUGAUUAAUGAGACCGCAGUUACCACGGUAAAACCUACCACACUCCCACCAUCAAGGACCCACGAGCCCACAAGCAGCAUCCACCUCAGCACGCUCCACCCGACAUCCACCGCCGCAGCAACCAGCGGAGCUCCAGAGUCAACGAGCGCUCGCAGCAGACGGAGAUCCACCACGCAGAUGACCGCGAGCAGCAGUCCCGUCCAGGCCAGAGCCCACGCCGACACCCCCUCCGCUCUGAACGUCCCAGACCACGACAAUAGCAAAGCGUCCACUGACCCGCUGCUGGCUGGACUGGUGUCGGCGUUCGUCGUCGUCGCUGCCAUCGUGUCCGUGCUCAUUUUCCUCAAAUUCAGAAACACAAAUGACGGCCCAGAGUUUCGCAGACUUCAGGAUCUCCCCAUGGAUGAUAUGCUGGAGGACGCGCCUCUCUCCAUGUACAGCUACUGAAAACCCAGGUGUUCCUCAGACAUCUUCAGAGCGCCCAACAUCCUCUGAUCAACACAACACAGACACAAUUAAAUGAGCCUCACAGAGGCACAAACACUCCUGUUGUUUCUGUUACAGGACUAAAUGUAGCAUUAUA